AUGGACAUCGACAGGAUCAAGCGCAAAAGGGCCGUGGUGCGGACGUCAACGACAAAGCUUCUCAACGACAUAGCCACCAUGGAGGACGACGCAUCAGUCGCCACCAAGGUAUUGGGAGUGGCCUGGAAUGCUCAGACGGAUAAUUUUGAGUACAAUAUGACCUCACUUCUUGAUUUCCUCAACACAAGAGCUGACAGCAAGAGAUUCGUACUGCAAGUCUCAGCCAGAAUUUUCGACCCCUUUGGGUUUAUUGCUCCCACAACACUGUACGUAAAGAUAUUGUUCCAAAGAUUGUGGGAGUUGGGUGCUGGUUGGGACGAUCCUUUGCCAGAAGAAAUGCGGGCGGAGUGGGACUGCUGGUGUGAAGAGCUUCAAUGCAUCAAGGGAGUGUCCAUUCCGAGAGUCAUAGCAAGGGAUUUCCGACAUGAAGACACAGAGAAAGUGUUGCACAUUUUCUGCGAUGCCAGCCCGAAGGCCUACGGUGCUGUCGCAUACGUUGCAUGCAAGUCUCCUCUGGGAACAAUCACUAUAAGCCUAAUUGUGGCCAAAUCAAGAGUAGCUCCUUUGAAGCGCCUCUCGUUACCCCGACUGGAGCUGAUGGGGGCCCUCAUUGGCGCUCGACUGUGCCGCUACGUUGUCAAGGCCUUGGACCUCCAGAAUGCUGCUACUAUUCUUUGGACUGAUUCCACAGUGGCUAUGCACUGGAUUAAAGGAAACGCUGCCAGAUGGAAGCCCUUCGUGGCAAACCGGGUGUCAGAGCUACAGGCGCUGACUGAUCCUAAAGAUUGGAGACACUGCCCAGGACCAGACAACCCCGCUGAUCUAAUCACUCGCGGUAUCCUCCCGUCGGCCUUGUUGGAGAGCGAAUUGUGGUGGAAAGGACCCCAUUGGCUUCACGGCGAUGAGACGCAUUGGCCAACGACAGGCGAGCCGAGCCCAGGGGUUGCAGAAUGUCACGUAGAAGAGAGAAAAGUGACGGUGAUGCCCAUUGUCUCAUCAUCAUCCGAGGCAGUGCUGAAAGUGGAAGAGUUCAGCUCAUUCAGCAGAGUCGUUCGCGUAACUGCGUGGAUCCACCGCUUUGUCAACAAUUGCCGCAACGGGAAGGAAAGAAAAAGUGGCCCACUACGAGCUGAAGAAGUGAUCGAUGCUGAGAGGUACUGGUUGGCUGCAACUCAAGGAGAAGCAUUCAGCGACGACAUUUCCAACCUGAAAGCCCAAAGACCGCUGCGCAAAGGCUCUCCUGUUUUGCCAUUCAACCCGUACCUUGACAGCGAAGGUCUCAUGCGAGUUGGUGGACGCCUGCAAUUCACUGACAACCACGAAGAGACCAAACAUCCUAUCGUUCUCCCUGGCACUCACCCCUUCACGCUGCUGACAUAA